UAUCAGCGGAGACUCAGCGCGUUCGAUGCACAAUUGAGCGUCACUGCAGAGAAGUGCAGCUGUGAACCAGUAACCGUCAGUCAGUCAACACCUGUCACCAUGAACAAGGCUGUUGUGUUCAUUUUCAUGGCCUGCUGUGCUGUCUCAGCGCUAUCAUUGGCUGAAAAUGAAAAGAGGUCCAAACCCUCUGCAACCAUGUCCGCUCCGGGUGAGUUUGUGAACAGUCCUCCAGCUUCCACUCCUGGUGCUACAACUACCCAGACAAACACCUCCACCCCCACCCCCAAGCCUACAACUACCACAGCCAAGUCUACAACUCCCACCCCCAAGCCUACAACUACCACCCCCAAGCCUAAAACUACCACCGCCAAGCCUACAACUACCACCCCCAAGCCUACAACUACCACCGCCAAGCCUAAAACUACCACCGCCAAGCCUACAACUUCCACCACCAAGCCUACAACUACCACCCCCAAGCCUACUACAACCCCUACACCUACUCCUCCUGCCAACUUGACUGAAGGAAAGUACAACCUGACAAAAGACAAGAAAGUUUGCCUGAUGGCUCAGAUGGCAGUGCAGAUUCGGCUGGCAACACCAAAGGCCAAUGGAACCUUCAUUGUUCAGCCAGCGUUGACCAAAGCAGACGGAUCUUGUGGAGAAAAAAAGGCCAACCUUACCCUCGUCUUCAAGGAAGGCCAUAUCACCUUCAUGUUCAACAAGAGUGCUUCUGAAAAUACGGCCUACGUUGAUGAGUUGUCUUUCACCCUGUCCUACCCCUUAAGCAAAGACCUUAAGGAGUACAAUGCCAAAAACUCGUCAGUGCAUCUCUUCGCUGCAAAGGUCGGACGCUCCUACUCCUGCAGGGCUGAAUCCAUUUACAUGGGCAAUGGACUGUACCUGGAUGUCAACCAAGACAGGAUGCAGGCCUUCAAUCUGACCAAUAAUGAUUUUGGCAAUCCUGACCACUGUGCUGCUGACCGACCAGAUUACCGCGUUGCCAUUGCAGUGGGAGUGACGUUGCUGGUGCUCAUUGUCAUUGUGGUGGUGGCCUACCUGCUGGGCCGCAGGAAGAGGGCUGAUGGCUACCAGUCUCUGUAAAGUCACCCAGAGGUCACUGUUAUUAUAUGCCAAAAUCAGUGAGGCUGUGAUUUUUCUCAGGGGUUAAAGGGCACUUCCACUGAAGCCUAACCUGCCAUUUUUCUGUCCUUUUAUGUCUUGGUUUACCAAUCUUACUAAUAUUGAUAGUAUUUUAACCAGAGGUUUCUAUAUAUGGAGGCUACAGUGUGCCAUUGGAAUAAUUGUAGGCUUUUACAAUGUUUUAUUAUAAUGAACUAGUAAAUUUAUCAUUUUAAAAAGCACAAAAUUAGCCCCUAAGUGAAAAAAAUAUAAUCAAAAGACCAUUUAGUUUGCAGAUUAAUCCUUUUAUUGUGUAUUUACAUUCUGAAUUAAUAUUUACAUUUUAAAAUGAAUUCCAAAAAAUUAUUUUUAAAAGGCAUUUAAAUGUUACUUUUUUAAAUCUCAUUUACAUAUGCUUACCUUUUUUAUUCAGUCUCACAAUUAAUUGGUUUCCUGCUUGAACAUUUGCAGUUGUGAUCAUUUGAAUUUAACAACACUUCUCUCUGUAAUUUGUAAAGACAUCAAAGCAGUUUGCCACCUAAAAGUUAAACCCUAAAUCCAGCCCACAGACCAGAUGGCAGAUCACUGAUUGGCCAGCUAUUAUGUGUCGGCAAUUGUCUGGCCAAUCAUAAUUGGAUUACACUUUACUCUUUUACUUUGAGUUUAUCAAUUUAUAAUAGAUUAUGUAUAAUUCUUCCAGUGGCACACUGCAGUCUCCAUACAUAGAGGUUUUUUAAAUGUAUCAUGCCAAUAGCCAUUGUUUUAUGCUGACAUUUAGUCUUUCAAUGUCCAUUUUCAUGCUAAAGAAUUACACAUUUCAAGCAUUUGCCCACCAGAAUGUUAUUCUUACCACGGUGGACAAGCCUCUGAAACAGUAUUUCUAUAUUUGCACCUGAAAAAAAUGACAAUACUAGUAAUGACACAUCAUACAGGCUGACAUCUUAAUGUAAUACUUACAUAUAAACUGACCAAAAUGUCUCAUUAGAAUCAGUUUGCAUUAUUCUUCCCCCAAAUAUUGGCUUCAAAUAUCUGUCUAACCCCACAUAAAACGUUUUAAGUAAAAUAAAUAGCAGUCAGAUUUUACUAUAUCUUCUAUCAAAACUAUACGCAGCUUGUUUCUACAAAUAUAUUCAUUUUAAUUUUGCUUCAUUGUUUAAGCAUGAUGUUUUUAAUAUUUUGUCAUUCUUUUGUUUUUUAAAGAAUCCAAUCAUCUUUUGUAUUCUGUCAGAUUGAGGAUUUAUUUUUACUGUUUCCGAUGCAGACAAGGGAAGUAAUCCAAUCACUAACUUUACAAGUAAUUAUACAGAGUGUACAAAUUUAAAAAGGGAAAUUAGGAGGAUGUUUUUAAGGGAUCAUAGUUCUACCUGGUCAACAUUAAUUGCACUGAUUGCUUUUUUUCAUGCUAUAUGUAGCUGAUGCUUUGUAUUCAUAGAUGGGACAUACUGUUCAUGUGAGCCGGCUAUGAGUGUAGUCUCAACCUGAUUUGAUUUCUAAUGGGUUAUACAUUCAUUACAUCUCAUGAGUCUAUCUCUCCACCACCAAGUCUACCCUAACACACUGUAAUACCUUAUAUCUCUAUAUGCUGAACUGACAAUGACAGAGUGAGAAUAAUAAAUAAACAGAAUGCUGUUGAGUAAACAAUCUCACGUCAAGGUUUUUUCCUAUCUUUAUUCAAGAGCGUGGUCCUUCAAUUUGAAAGAAUAAUUUAUUGAUUUCACGGUUCAGAUUUUGUAAUUCUUUCCCUCAAAACUCUGCCCUUGCACUCAACUAGCCCCUACUUGCAGUUAGAUUUGCCCUGCUUCUGCUCAAACUGUGUGCUUGCACUCAGAUUUAUUGUUGCUUGCACAGAUUUCCUGCUCCAGCUUCAGCUUCAGCCCUUCUCCUCGCACUCAGGCUGCUGAAACGUCUGCUCUCAGAUUUCUGCUCUGCUCUCAGAUUUUUUGUGCAACAACCCUAAAUCCCCCAACCAAUCGAAGGCCAGGUGUAGUGUUGACCAAUGACAUGAUCCCUGCCUCCUGGCCUUCUAUUGGUUGGGGAAUUUUAACAGGGUUGUUGCACAAAAUAUCCGAGAAAAGUACAGAAAUCUGAUAGUAGAUGUUUCAUGAGUCAGAGUGCGAGGAGAAGGGCUAAAGCGGGGUAAAGGGAUAAAGUGGGGAAUCUGUGCAAGCAACAAUAAAUCUGAGUGCAAGCAUACAGUUUGCAAUAGAAGCAGAGCGAUUCUAAGCAAAGCAGGGGCUAUUAAGUGCGAGGGCAGGGUUUUAAGAGAAAGAAUUACAAAAUCUGAACGUGAAAUCAGUAAAUCAUGCUCUCAAAUUGAAAGACUACGCUCUUUAAUAAAGAUAGGAAAAGGCCCAUAGAUUACUCAGUAAUUCACAGACUCAGCUACCAACAGUUUUCAUAGGGACUAUUUCUUCUGUAGAAAGUAGUUCCGAUAAAACCGUUUGGUAGAUUAUCCAGAGUAACCAGGACAUUGUUUCUGGAAAGACAAGCUGUUGUCCAAUGAGUCUUUAAAAUGUCAUUUUUCAGUGAUGUGAGCGUCACAAACUGAAUUUCAUUCACCUCCAUUGUAUUGAGAUAGCAGCAGAAAUCUCAGAGACGGAUAUCUCAAAACCUGGACAAAUAAACCUAAAACUAUCUGCAUGAAGAGAUACCACAAGAGGGAAGUUUAAUGUGUGUGAACUGGCCCUUAAAGUUUUCUGAAAAGUAGGCCAAACUUAGCUUUAAUAAUAGUCAGUAUGGCAUGGCAGGGGGUUGGCUGUCUGGAUGCGAUGUUAUGAGUAAAACGUAGGUCACUGAUUGAUUGAUUCCAACCCAUCUCAGUGUAAAUGUUCCUGAAUAACUGUUCUGUAGUAGUUAGAGAACUGUGCAGUUAAAGACUCAUUGAAUUCAUCAAGGAUCAGACCUGCUGCUCACAGCUGUAGUUCCACAUCGUGUCCACCAGGUGAUGCUGUGAAGUCUGGCAAGUGGAUAGAAAUGAAGGACCUCACUGUAUGUACAGUUAUCCACAGUGUGUGAGCACUUAUACCUGUUGUUAACCUCUUGUGCCAAUAAAGACCGAUAUAUUUCUAAA